UGUUAUUCGAAGAAAAGAAAAGAAAAGGAAAGAGUUUGGGGAUAUUGGCGUAGGGUUGUUCUCCCGGUGGAUAUGGCGGCUUGUACGAUAUUCGGAGGAUCAUCUUAUUGUUGUUCUGCUCCUCCGUUGGUUUUCUUCUGCAGGACUCCGACUCCGACUCCUCCACUGAAGAAGAAGCAGACUUCUUCCUUUUCUGCAAACCCUAGAGGUGGCAGAGUGGUUUUGGCUAAAGCAUCCUCCUCCGAUUCGAGCGAGCAAAAGUGGGUGGCGAAAGGGCUGAUUACGGAAUCCCUUCCGAAUGGGAUGUUUUGGGUUCGUUUAGAAAACGGCGACGUGGUUCUGGGCUACAUCUCUGGCAAAAUCCGACGCAAUUCCAUAAGGAUGCUCCCAGGGGACAAAGUUAAAAUUGAAGUUAGUCGAUAUGAUUCUACCAGGGGCCGUAUCGUUUAUAGAAUUGGCAACAGAGAUUCUUCUUCUUCUCCUUCCUAAGUAAGUAAGUAACCCCUUUUCUUUUCUUUUCUUUUCUUUUCAAUGGAUAACAACACAUUUCUCAUUUCUGGCUGGAUGCCAAUUUUGUCAUUGUAAUGCAUCUUCCUUUUUCAAAAGAAACUGUUUGAUGAA